AUGAUAAUGAAGAUCUGUAGCCCUGUAGUCUUCAACCUAGAUGAAGCCCCUCCAGCUCCCAUGGUGACCACCCUCAGCUGCCAGGUGGAUGUCAGUCUGGAGACUCUGCGGCACCGGGAGGACGCUGAACCAACGACCCGAAAGACAGGGCUGGACAGGACGUCCUCCACACCUCCAGGUGGACACAUAGACGCAGACAGACGCCGGGAGCUGCUGCUGCUGCUACAGGAACAUGUCCCUGCUCUGACACAGUCCGGCCAUGAGGAGCGACGCAACCUUGACUCUCUGGAAAGCUCGAUCCAGAACCUGCUGUCGGAGCUGUACCCGCCCUUUGCAGCCACCGCCCCCACUCUUCUCAGCCAGCUCUUCAAAAUCAUUGACAGUCGUUAUCGGGGAGACGCCCUGCGGUGCCUGCUGGACUUUCUGGUCCCAGCCAAGCAUAUCUUAGACACCGUGCAGCAGGCUGCAUGUGCUCAGUACUCUGAUGUUCUUUUCCUGUGUGAGGGUUGGCCUUUGUGUUUGCGUGACCAAGUUGUCGUCCACCUCGCUCCCAUCAACCCCCUGCUGCUCCAGCCUGGCGACUUCUACCUCCAGGUGGCGCCAUUCUGUGACCAAUCAGCUCGCAUCGUGGUCUGCAGCCUCCUGGAAGAGGAGGGGCUUCUAGUGGAAGUAGUGGAGGAGACCCCGAUCCCCGAAACAUCCUACCCCUGUAUAUUCAGCUGUGACUGGUUAGAGGAGAUCAACCAGGGCCGCCAUGGGACGCCUCUCAGCAGAUGCCUGCUUGCCACCCAGCAGGGCGUGGUGAGGUUACCAUGGGAACGGGUGGCGGUGCCAGAUUUUGUGGACGUGCGACUGUAUGCUGAGAGUAGCAUGGCCUCUGCUCCUCCUUCAUAUCCUCCUUUACCACCUCCGCUUCCUCAUCCUCCACCUCCUCCUCAUUUUCCUGAGAAUUCUUCCUCAAAUCGUUCGUUUCCUCUUUCUCCUUCAAAGGAAUCUGCACCACAACAGUAUCCUGUAACCAUUCAAAAUUCUGUUUUAACAUCUUCUUCACGUCCCUCUGCCUUCUCUGUGGAGACCAGAAUUUGUCCAGCAAAGCACGGCAUUGCUGUGUCACUCUGCCUGGUGGAUACUAGCGCUGCUUCUUCAUCCAGGCUGGUCAGAGUUAAAGAGACUGAAACUGAGCCUAAGCCUAUUGGCUGGGUGUCCCCUAAAACAGCUCGCCGUCAUUCCCAGUCCCAUCACCCUCACCCGGACUCCCUUGAACCUUCUCAGUGUAUCCGCACAGUCCGGUUCUCAGAGAAGCCCUGUACUCCCUGCAUGAGGAGAAGACAAGGUGGAAAGGCCUCCAGAGCUCAGGAGCUGAGGUGUCGAUACAGGGACUCCUACCAGGCUGCUAUACAAAACCCUGUCGCCUUUGGACUGGAGAGGGAGAGGGCGAAUAUGUUAGCUGUGCUGGAGGAGGAUGCACCACAGCUUAGACGAGAAUCCCUGUCAGAUGGAAGAUGUUCAUCCCUCUCCACGGCUGUGGUGGACACCUCAGAGAAGUGUGCGCUGGUCAUUGUUGAAGGUCAGAAUGUCCGGAGGAGAGAAAACAGCGGCUCCUGUGCAGAGAUUCCUCAGCUGCAUGUGGUCAAAUGUAAAAACAGCACAGCGUUUGGGCUGGUUUCACCCAAGAUCAACAGGAGGAAGAUGGUCAUUCCAGACGCUGCUCAGCCUGACUCGAUGUUCAUAGCCAGUAGAAACUGCCAUCAGACGGAAAACCUGACACAGACGGAUCCACCUCCAGCAGCAGAGAGACUGAAGACGUCCCAGCCUGCCUCUACUCGUCCCAGACCUGACCACCUUCCCCUGGGAUCCCCAGACCCCAGAGCCCAUCCCCUAUACUUAGGAGUGGCAUCUCUCACAGGCGGCAGAGACAGGACGGGCCGGGCCAUAGUCGAGCUCUGUGGACAUCACCAGGGAUGGAGAUCAGCUGUAACGAGCCAGGAGCUCUUCCAGAUGCUGCUGUACUUCCACACUAUCACAAGGAGAGAAAUCAGAGAAGCUGGGAUGACGCUCAUUUUUGAUUCAAGGAAGAUAAAUCCUCAGCCUCAGCUCUAUAAGGCCUUGAUGACUCUUCAGGAGCAGACUCCCCAGGCAGUAAACAGCUUCGUGCUGCUGGUGGACAAGGCGAGCAGCCUGCGACCAGAGAGGUGUCCUGGCAUACAGACUGAAGUGGUGACAUCGAUGAAAGCCUUGUUCAAGCUGGUGGAGGUGAGUCAGCUGAGCUCCUGGCUGGAUGGCACCCUGUCUCACAGCCACUGUGACUGGACAGAGCUGCACCAGAAACUGUUCCCAUUUGUGUCUGAUCUUCACGAGGCAUCCAGCUUUCUUCUGAGAGCCAUCAGUAAGCUUGAGGAGCCCCAGAGGACAGACACUGUGCAGACUGUGCAGCAGUGCAUGGUGGACCAGAGGACUCUGAUGAGGAAUGUACUGGAGGACAGCCGAUUAGUCAGCCUGCAAAGGGAGGGCGGGGCCAUCCUGGCGAGGCUGAGGAAGGAGAGUGACCUCAAAUACCCGCACUGUGAGGACCUCAGUGAUGCAGUAGACUCUGUGAGCAGUCUGUACAACCAUGUAGAGGAGCAGGCUCACGUCCUGGUGCAGAGAUCCAACAUGUCACUGGAACACCUGGAAUAUCUGCUGCAGCUCAGAGAGGUGGAGGGACACUUCAUGCAGAUGCAACAGUGGUUUAAUGUAGAGGGAGAGCGCCACCUGCUGGAGGCUGAAUCAGUAGAGGACUCUGGAGACCAAAUGGAGCAGAUCCUCAACAGCUUCACUGGUUUCCUUAUUGAAGCUAAUGACCGAAGGCAACAUGCCAUGACGUUAGUGACGGAGGCAGAGCGGAUCCAGCAGGCAGGACUCUCCUACUCAGAGACGGAGGCCUUCGAGAAUCUAGUUUGCACCUUCAGGUCUGGCCUGGAGGACUUUCUGUGCAGGGCAGAGGCAUGUGGCAGGGAGCUGCAGAUCAUGGUCAACGUGUGUGAUUUUUGUGAGCAGGCUACAGCUCUGGCCAGUGAAUGCAUUGAGUAUCUGGACCAGAGUCAGUCCAGAAUCCAUACAAUACAAGACCACAACCAGACUACAGCAUCCGUCAAUAAAACAAACACUCAGUCAAUACAGCUGAAACAAGACUCUGAUAUCCACGCAGCACAUGCCUCAGCCCAAAACAUCGCCAAUGACACCUCCAUCCUGAAGACCUUCGAAGACCGGUUCCUCCAGUUCAGCCCGGAGAGAUUCCAGGAGAUAAAAGCCCAGGCCAGUGCCCUGCGGAGCUCCAGGGGGAUGCAGGUGUGGAACGUAGCCUGGCUGAGAUGCCAGGAGGCCAGGCAGCAGCUUCAGGAAAGGAUGCAGGACGUGGAGGAGGAUUUCCACCAACCACCAGAUUCUAGCAGCUGGUGUGAACGUCAUUAUGUUGAUGUGGUGAGCACUAAUGUUAACACACCGUCCCCCGGUGGUCAGAGUCUAGUGGUGCAAUCAACGCCUGGGCCUCGCCACCCGCAGUGGGAGGGCAUUGUGUCGGGAGUGGUGGAUUUAGGAAAGAGAAGGCCGAUCCUGGGUGACAAUAACACAAACUCAACAACUGUCGACGGCUGUAACAGGAAACCUGAGGAUCAAAGUGAUGCUGCAACCAACCAGGAGUCAAAGGUCCCUCCACAGUCACCUCACAGUAAUAGGUCAGCAAGGAGAACAGAAAGAGAGGCGAGGAGGAGACAGACGAGCAGAGCGAGGAGCGAGAGAGACGCCGCUGCUCUGUCUCAGUCCCACACUGUCGGCUGCCAGUGGUUCCCCUGGGGGCGGGGUCUCGGAGGAAGGUCGGUGAGCCAGGACUCAUGCACCACGGGGGCAGAGGCUGCGGCCGGGUCAUCCACUCCUCCAGAGCAGCGAGUCCGAUCCCCGUCAUCCUGCUCGCACCACGGUCAGCCGUCCUGUCGGAUCCUCCAGGAAGCUCAGAAGUUCCAGAUCUCACGCCACGGGAGCUUCUGCUCAGACGACUCCUGUAUGAGCGACCGGGGGGCUGCAGGGGGUAACGGGGCUUUAUGCUGCAAACACUCCAGCCUGCCCAUCGGAAGAUAUGAGGGGGCGUUUUGUCCACAGGAGAGUGCCAGCAAUGCCCUGAGGCUGCAGCGUGUGCUGGAGGAGCUGGUGUUCACAGAGAGGGAGUAUGUUCGCUCACUGGGCUACAUCCUGACCCAUUACCUCCCCCUGCUGGACAGGCCAGACAUCCCUCAGGACCUCAGGGGCAAGCGUGGUGUCAUCUUCGGUAACCUGGAGAAGCUUUACGACUUCCACAGCCACUACUUCCUGCCAGAGCUGGAGGCCUGCCAGAGGGAGCCCGCCAUGGUGGCCCGCUGCUUUAUCAGACAUAGUGAGAGUUUCGGCCUUUAUGCUCUGUACAGCAAGAACAAACCUCUGUCUGACGCCCUGAUCCUGCACCGCCGCCACGACAUCUUCAAGAAGAAGCAGCAGGAGCUGGGGGACAUGAUGGACCUCUCAUCAUACCUGCUGAGGCCCAUCCAGAGGAUCAGCAAGUACAGCCUCCUGCUGCAGGACAUGCUGAUACACUGCUCGCAUCUAGUUGAGAGGGAGCGGGAAAGGGCUGAGAUCAAAGCUGCUUCAGACCUGGUUCGCUUUCAGAUGCGACACGGCAAUGAUUUGCUCACCAUGGAUGCCAUUCAGGACUGUGAUGUGAAUUUGAAGGAGCAGGGCCAGCUGAUUCGCCAGGACGAGUUCACGGUUUUCUUUAGAAAGAAGAAAUGUGUCCGCCGCAUCUUUCUCUUUGAAGAUCUCAUCCUCUUUAGCAAGACCAAAAAGACAGAUAUUGGCAAUGAUGUUUAUGUCUACAAGCAGUCAUUCAAGACGAGCGACCUCGGGAUGACCCACAACUCAAGUGUGAGCGGCUUGUGUUUUGAGAUCUGGUUCCGCAGGAGAAAAAGUGAGGACACCUACACCCUGAAGGCCUCCAGCAUGGAGGUGAAGAAAGCCUGGACCACCGACCUGGAGAAGAUUCUGUGGGAUCAGGCCACACACAGUAGAGAGCUGCGUAUGCAGGAGAGGGUGUUCAUGGGAAUGGGCCGCAAACCUUUUAUGGACAUUCAACCUAGUGAUGCUGCCAUCUGCGACCGAGCCGUCAGCUGCAGCCUGCCUGGGAGAAGUAAGGAGGGCUUAGAGUAUCCACGGCCGCACUCCAUUGGCUCUGGCAGCACCGCCUCCACCACCCUCAGCCAAUCAUCUUCCUCCUCUGGCCGCGGCUCGCUUCCCCCUGCUUGUUACCCUGGGAACCAGUCGCAGGGAGCGGAGACCAGUCCUGCAGUCAGCUCCUCCCCUGAGGCUGCGGCUGAAAAUGAGCUCAACAAUCUCCAUCUUCAUCACCAUCAUCUUCAUCGUAACUGUGAACAAUGGAAAAGUCAUCAUCCAUUAACGGACAGCACUGAAUCAUCUGCAGAGCACCUCAACCUCUUCAGCAGCUCAGAACGCAGCUGCCUGUCUGCCAUUGGUGGAGAGAUUGUGGACGACUCCUCCUCAGUUAUAUCGCAGAGUUCAAAGCUCCGCCCACCACUUUGUCGGACCCCCAGCCUGAGGAAAGACGGCUCACCAGCGGUUGCAAGAAAGAAACCAGGUGCUACCAAACCUCAACAUCUUGUUCAUGCACAGAAUGAUGACAUUAUAAUCGGAAAAUCAACAGAAGUUUAACACAGGAUUCAGUGCAGCAGAUCAUCAGUCCCCUGAAGCUGUUCAGUCCUUGGAGACCCUCGGCAGACUUGCAGACAGACACUUUAUCUGAGUGAACAAAGGUUUCUGAUAUGGCUACACAGUCACAAGUCAACUUUGUCUGGUCACAAGGUUUUGUUUUUAAUGGUUUAUUGAAGCAAUUGAGGUUUGGUGUGUUGGUGUCAUGUCAGUCAUUCAAAUGUGGUUGGCUGACGAAGAAAGACGAAGAGGCUGCUGAAUUGGUGAUGUGGUCGACAACAGAUCAUCAUGUGAGACAAUCGAGAAUCAGUUUAAAGAAGGUUGUAUUUAUUGUUUUGAUGGAAAUCAACAGCUUGUGUGGAACAAACACACACAGGACUGACAUCACCAAGUGUACCGCUCUGUAUUUCAUGCUCCUGUUCAUUUGUUAGCAAGCAGACCUUUUGCUUAAGAAACAAUUGUAUAUCAAAGGAGUCCAAGAUACAGCUCAGGUCCAAAGCUAUCCGCUGGCCGUAUGCCCAGAAACUAGCUGAAGAUCCAAACUUCAAGUUGAUUACCAUAAAUGGAGAUUUAGGAUACAUGUGCUGAUGCAGAGAAUUACAUUUAUUAGAUGAUGUAUUUAUUCAUAAAAAACAAUUAAUAUAUAAGUAUUUGUUUCCUCCUACACAUCGUUUGGGCCAUUUUUAUACUACUGCUAUCUGUCUAAGGAUUUGUUUCUCCUUGAUCUUCUUCUGACAGCAGUCCUGUAUUUAUUAAUUUAUCGGGAGGGACAGACCACUUUUUUAUGUGUUUUCCACUUCUGGAUUUGAAUUUGUAACUCAUGCAUUAACAACAAGUCAUCCAACACAUCAAACCACAAAAGUUGUUUUUUUCCUACCCUCUAAUAUUUCCAACAUCUGUUUUUUAAAUUAGCGUUUGCACCUGGUGGCUCAAGAUCAACACUUCCUCAUACAUAAACAUAAUAGUCACGGCUUUAAACACAUGAUUAAUCUUGUGAAACUGUCAUAGUUUGGUAAGGUUGACGUGAAAUAUUUGACGUGGAACUUUAUCUACUUAACUUUCAAGUUUACCUACAGAAGUUAAGGGCGCUUUCACAACCCAUUAAACAAAGUGUAGUCCGUUUUAAUCUAACUCUCGUUUGGUUGCUUUUGAAUGCUCCAGUCGUACUCUGGUGUGGACUAAAACAACUGGGCCCAGACGACUUGCAGAGAGGUUCUUUGCCAAAUGGACCCUAGUGCGGUUCGAUUGCAAUAUACAGCUGUCUGAUCGCAGCACAUCAUUUGUGGAAAUAAUGGAUCAGCACAUUGGUGACGACCCGGAGCCUCAUCAGAAGGUCGUUCAGAGCGUUUCUCUCCAAAUUAGUUUGGCCCGAACACCAAAGCAAGAUUAUGGCCAGUAUAAUCAAACAUACUCUGUGUGCGAUCGCUUCCACGUGGCUUUGUAUAUAUACGUGUUUACAUGCUCCACCGCCAACAUUUCGACCAAUAAGAAAUAAUAGUGUGAGUAGAUUUCCAGCCCUCCACCUUUGUACACGCCCCUAUUGAAAUUUUAUUUAUUUAUUUGGUCCGCUUGCAUUUCUGCACUGUGAAAGCAAACUAGACUAAGUGCAAAAUGUACCAUAUGUAUCAAUUUCACUCUGACUUGGACUAACCAAACGGACUUGGGUUGUGAAAGUGACCUAAUAUAUAUCACUGCUGACUAUUGGUUUCACAGGGGACAUGUUGUUUGACAUUUGUUUGACCCGUCCUUCCACCCCGACCCCCUGCCUGUGCAGACUUUGUCACUCUUUAUACUACAUCACCUGACUCUCCCUUUUUGCUGACGUCAUAACAACUAAGGUCACUAGAGGUCGCUGCCACAAUAAACAUAAAAAUGCACCGUUAAAAGCUGGAUAGUGGGGCGGCAUAGCUCAAUAUAUCAUACCAAUUGUUCAUUUUGUGAUAAAAGCACCGAAUUUGGCACGCGUGUUGAUAAAUAUAUUGGGAACAAACGUGGAUAUUGGGCCAACACAAACUCAGACCCUGUUUGCCGUGGCAGCCAUUUCUUCAAAAUGGCUACAAGCAGUUGGUUAAACUUUCCUUUCCCAUUGGACACACGUGCAAUAAUGGUCAUAAUCUAGAUCCUUUAACCUUGAGAGCCAAAUAACAUACUCACUCACACUUUUACAGUCUUUUACAAAGUAAUCGGUCAUCUCAUUAUAUUAUAAUAUUAUAUUGUGCUGUGAAUCAGUAAAAACUGUUAUAUUUUUGUGCAUUUUUUGUCAGAUAGUGGAUGCUAGAGCAAAUUUGAUACAGAUGAUUUUUAAAAGUAAUUACUCACUUAUAUGUUAUUAUGUAUGCACCCUAAUUUGCAUGUUUACAGACACCCCCAUUAAAUUUUUGAACUUUUCUGGGAGGGGGGCUGUAGACCUCAGAGCCUCUAGGGGGGUCAAAUUCUUUGGACAUUUAAAUGUGAAAUGCAUUUCUCUUGUGCACUUUGAGAGCAAAAUUAAGAGGAAUGAUCAUCAAUUAUCUAAUAAAUAAAUGUAAUCAAUCUAAUACCAAGAAUGUAUAAAAAUGAUCAAAACCCCUCCAGAAUAUUACACCAAUACACAGACAUAUGAGAACAACAUAGAAAAAUCCAUGCUGUGAUUUGGCUUCAAAAACCUCAGUCAUUUUGGAGAUUUCUGUAUUUUCAAUGAUUGGAUAGCAAGCACUUCUGUUCUUAGUAGUGCUGAGAAACCAUUAGCCCCACGGCAACCAGGGUCUGAUUAUAGACAAACACAACAUGCUUAACCUAAUACCAAGCAAACAAUUAUCAUAUUUCAUGUCUGGUUUUAAUACAUCCAUGUAACAUUCAUAAUGCUGGUAGAAAAAGGAUGUGAACCAUGCCUUGCAAAAAAGAGAUCUCCGAGGAUCUGCGAUCAAGAAUUGUUGAUUUGCGUCAGACUGUAACGGGUUACAAAGUAACUUUAGGUAUUCACCAGUCCACCGUUAGACAAAUUGUCCACAAAUAGAGAUGAUUUAGUCCUGUGGCUACUCUCCCUAGAAGUGGGCGCCCAGCCAAGUUCACUCCAAAGGCCCAACGCAAAAAGCUCAGUGAGGUAAAAAAAGAACUCCAGAGUAACAAGUAAAGACUUGAAGGACUCAUUGAAACUGGUUAACAUCUCUGUUCAUGAGUCUACCGCACACACAAGAUUGAUCAAGUGUAGUGUCCACAGCAGGACACUAUGAAGGAAGCCGUUGAUAUCCAAAGAGCAACCUGACAUGAUACUUAUUGUUUCAUGAAAUGUUUCAUCAGAACAAAGAAAAAGAACAUGCAGCACUACGUUGAACAGGAUUGAGGAGGGAGUCUCUGAUUUAACGGGACACCAAGGAGGAAAUCACUGAUUUCCAAAGAAACAUCUCUGCAUACCUGAAGUUUGCCAAACAGCAAACUGAUGUUCCAUGACAUUUCUAGGAAAAUGUUUCAUUAGUCCACAAAACAAAGGCUGAAUUUUUCACGAAGAACACGUAGCACUGCGUAUGGUGUAAAAUGAGAACAUCAUCCCAACAGUGAAGUAUGAUGGAGCGAGCAUCAUGACUUGGGGCUCCUUUGCUGCCUUGGGGACUAGAUAAAAUGAAGCCCGCUACAGCCCUGUGAGCCUGCCAGCUGGCCGAUGAGCCCAAUGUAUGCGGGCGGAACGUAGGAACGCCAAGGGGUUCCAUUUAUUACUGUAACAUUCAGAAGCAAUCUCACCAUUUUGUUGCAUUUUCUUUAAUUUGUUGUUGUUUUCAAAAAACAUAUUUUCACUUGAACUUUUAUGUAAUUAAUAUUUGUGGUGUUGUAAACAUGUGAACAGCAGCUUGGAGGCGGCCCAGGUUCUAUCUACUUGUAACAGCUGGCCGCCCUUUGGUGGCCACGGUCAUCAGAAUGCGAAUAUGCGAUGGCCCAAUAUCCAGUCUUUUUCUAAAUAUAUUAAGCUAUUCAUGUACCAAAUUUGGUGC